CCUUUCCUCGGGUUCAAGAAAACAAAUGUUACAGGCCCUUAGAAUGCUUGUGAACAUUUUGUGAGCUGCGAAAAUGCUUACCCCAGCGUUUGAAUUAAAUCAGGAUGGUUUUGUCUAUGUUUAUAUAAAGACACCAUACAUCAAAGUUCAAGAUGUAGAUUACGUUAUUGACCAUCAUCUAUUCAAAUUUUUUGUAAAGCCCUACUUUUUGAGGCUUAAUUUUCCAGAAGAACUUGUUGAAAAUGGCAAGGAAUCUGCUUCAUAUGACAUAGAUAAAGGAUUAUUCACCAUCUGUUUACCAAAGCUUCUCAAGGGUCAAUUUCCAGACCUUGAUCUAGUUACCAAGCUCCUUGCUCCAACUGGGAAGAGUAGCACUUUGAGUCCUGGUAUUGAGGUUAUUAGUGGGGAGACAGAAAGUGAUUGUUCCGAUGAGGAAGACUGGGAAUGGGAGUGGAAGCAGGAGUUACCUGAUGAAAAAAGUGAGCAUUAUCUUGGUAUGACAGCUUGCAAAUAUGGUUUUGGCAAUCAAAAGAGUGGUGUAUUUUCUCCCUUGAAAGAUGAACUCAAGGACAUUGUUGAAGUUGUUAAUCCUGAUGAAAUGACAUUUAAUGAGCGUAGGGUUGCAAGAAUUGCUGCCGAAGAUGUUAAGUUUGACGAAGAGCAUUAUCUAGCAGAUACUUUUGAUGAUGAGAUAAUUUGUGAAAUCCUUAAAUACAAACUCAGCACUAAUGAAUCUUUCACUGAAGUCGAAAAGAAAAAACUACUGACGCUGCCAAAUCGAGAAUACAUCUUGGACUCGAAUGAGAAAACUGGCGUUUUUUACGGUCUUCUUGAUAUAAUGUUUGCAUAUGCUUAUAACAGACGAACGACUUUGGGAGAGAACACGGUGGAGUCUGCGUGGACGAUCUCCAAACUGAGCGCUACAUUAUCGUGGUUCGAGAGAUUUACGUGUUUAGACGAAGUGUUGAUGGCUUGUGCUCGCAGAUCACUUUGUUAUCCUCUCUACAGACACUGGGAUUUGACUUGUAAAGUCUUGCAAGAUGUUAAACAUAUGUUUCAAAUUGGUCGUAGAAUGAUCUUGAAAUGUCUUUUGGAGGUUCUCAUGUUAUUCAAUGAAAGCGAGCCAAGAUACUUACUCAAUGAAUUGUAUAUGAUCGAUUAUUGCGUUUGGAUUCAAAAAAUAAAGGAAGGAAAGAUAUAUUCGUUUGCAAAGAAAUUAUCUAAGAUGGAAUUAUGCCGCGACUCUGUUGGAUGGAACUUAGUAGAUUUGGAAGCAGCUGGUAUUUUAGCUUUGAAUGAAAGGGAAUACAGUCAUUCUGAUUCUAGUGAUUCUGAAACAUCAUCCGAUGAUAGCAACAGCGAGACAGAAAGUAAUAAAACUAUAGAAAGUUGUAGUUCGACAGAGGACGAAAAGCAAUCUUCCAUUGAGAAUGGCGCAACGAAAAAUGCUUACGAUGCUCUGAGCAACAUUACUGCUAACUUGAGCCUGAAAGAUGAAAAUGACGAUGACUUGGAUGAGACAGUCACUAACGUCGAAAUUUUACCUUCUUUGCUUUUUUCGGACCAAAAUUCACAAGGGAAAAAAUGCAUUGAAAUUUUAUACACGGGUAGUUCUGACGAGACUAGAUGAGAAAAUUUGGUGAAAUUUUUAGACGAAGAUGACAGGGAAAACUAAAUUUUUUGUAACUUAUAAAAAAUUCUACAUCCAAAAACAAAUGGAGGUUAAAAGAAUCCUAUGAUUUUAGCAUCUAAAGACAAAGAUAAUCUUUUUAUUUAAAGAAAUGUUGACUGUUGGCGAUGUGAAUAUGAAGGGGAAAAUGAUUGAACUGUUUGUCGAAGUCUUCCUGGUGGAGGCUUUUGAACCACAAUUAGCUAAAGUCCGAUGAUGAAUUUUUAAUGUUUUUCCUCUGUUUUAUCUCAAAUAUUGGGUCGAAAGUGGGUGUUUUGUUCGGAGUAUGUUUCAUUUCAUAUUGCAUAUUUCUUUGGACUUGUUUUUGUUGUUUUCCUUUUAUGGCAUAAUUGAAAUUUGAAUACUAGUGCUCGCGUUUUGUUUUGGUUAAGUUAGAGUUCACUGAGGUAAAGACUGUCCCCAUAGCCGUUGGGCCAUGAAAAUAUCUUGUUUGGCUACGUUUUGCUUCUAUAAAUAAAGCUCAAUCCCAUGG